AUGCCACCAAAGGGAGUUGCAAGCAAGGCACCAGCUGCCGCUAAGGCACCUGCAUCCGCAUCAAAGGCCCCAGCUAGCAAGCAAGAUGCUGGCAAGAAGACCACCACCAGCGAAGGAAAGCCACGCAAGAAGAAGGGACGCAAGGAGACUUACUCUUCAUACAUCUACAAAGUUCUCAAGCAAGUUCACCCAGAUACUGGUAUCUCCAACCGCGCCAUGUCCAUCUUGAACUCCUUUGUCAACGAUAUCUUUGAGCGCGUCGCCACCGAGGCAUCCAAGCUCGCUGCUUACAACAAGAAGAGCACCAUCUCAUCAAGAGAAAUCCAAACCUCUGUUCGUCUCAUUCUCCCCGGUGAACUCGCCAAGCAUGCCGUCUCUGAGGGUACCAAGGCUGUUACCAAGUACUCUUCAUCCACGAAAUAA